AUGCAGAACCAAGCCCAACAAGAUCUAUGGAAAGCUGCCCAAGGGCCCUGGGAGUCGGGCGUUCUCCCCAGCACCGAGAACUUGGCGCGAGCGAGAGCUUCUCUUCCUGCCUCGCUCCCGCAUACUGGCUCGAGUCUUGAGUCCGUCCAGAAACACAUUAUCAAUGACAUUGUCCCAGCAUUCAAUGGAGGAAGCCUCAGUGCCAACUACUACGGUUUUGUCACGGGCGGAACUACCCCGGCAGCGCUGUUCGCGGACAACGUUGUUUCAGCUUACGACCAGAACGUCCAAGUGCAUCUCCCAAACCAUUCCAUUGUAACCGACGUGGAAUACAAUGCACUCGGUCUUCUGGUGGAUCUUUUCCAAUUAGACCGCUCUAUCUGGCAUAAUGGAACGUUCACAACUGGUGCUACUGGGAGCAACAUCCUCGGCCUAGCAUGUGGGCGUGAGUUUGUUUUACAAAAGGCGGCUGAGAGAAAAGGCUGUCAACUGCAGAGCGUGGGAGAAGAGGGCUUGUUUGAAGUGUUAAAUGCCUUGGAUCUUUCUGGGGUGCAAGUAUUAUCAACACUCCCACACUCGUCCCUCGUCAAAGCUGCUGGCGUCCUAGGCAUUGGUCGUUCCAAUGUUCACAACAUCUGCCAAGCGGAGGACCCCCUCCGCUUUGAUAUCGAUAAGCUUGAGAAAGAACUUGCGAGGAAAGAUAAGGUCAGCAUUGUUGCGGUGUCCUGUGGGGAGGUCAACACCGGCCGGUUUGCGACAACCGGUUCGGAUUUGAGACAAAUACGCCAGCUGUGCGACAAAUACGGAGCCUGGAUACAUGCAGAUGGAGCAUUUGGAAUCUUUGGCCGUGUUCUUGAUGACAGCCCGGAGUUUGCUACAAUCAAGAACGGCAGUGAAGGAAUUGAAUUGGUCGAUUCGAUUACCGGCGACGGCCACAAGCUUCUUAAUGUUCCCUACGACUGUGGCUUUUUCUUCACUCGACACUCCAAUGUGGCAUCACAGGUCUUUCAAAAUGCAAACGCAGCCUACUUGACUGCAGGAAACUCCGAUGGGCCUUCUAUCCCCUCGCCUCUAAACAUUGGAAUCGAGAACUCUCGUCGCUUCAGAGCAUUGCCGGUGUAUGCAUCGCUGCUAUCAUAUGGCAGGGUCGGAUAUCAAAAGAUGCUGGAACGUCAGAUUAACCUCGCUCGCAAAAUUAACGGCUGGAUCUUCGAGCAUUCUGCGUACACAGCUUUACCGCAAGCGUCGUCAAAGGCUGAAUUGCUCGAUAAGACAUUUAUGAGUGUCUUGUUUCGUGCAAAUGUGGAGGGCUUGAACCGAGUGCUGGGAAAUAAGAUCAACGAGAGCUCGCGAAUGUUUGUCUCGGGUACCAGCUGGGAUGGAUCCCCUGCUUGCCGCAUUGCAAUCUCGAAUUGGCGCGUUGAUGUGGAUCGAGAUUUUGCGUUGGUGACAGAUGUGUUGGCCAAGAUUGCCCAGGAUUAG